UGACGGACCGUCAACACACUUGAGUGUGACACCUUACAUGUCACCUUAAAGAAGGAAGGGACAGUCGAAGGAAGAUUGGUAUAAAUAGGACCACACUACAGGCGUGGCAGGAUAUGUAAUCGCUGUCGUUGAAAGAACUGGCUUCCCUGCUGGAAAAUUUUAUGUUGUAGUUUUUACACGUUGAAUAUUUAGCAGACCAUUUUGUGCAUGACUUUUUUGGAGGAAACUAGCCCAUUUUUAAGAAGAUGAGAGGUUUUAUUUGUGUUUUCCUGUGUCUCGCGGUGUUCACUGCUCGAUCGCAAGGACAGAUCGGGCAACCUGUCCCACCAGGUGGUCCGCAAGGAGGUCCCGGUGGGCAGCCAUUACCACCAGGUAGCCCACAAGGAGGCGUUCCAGGGACUCCCGGAGGACAGCCCACUUUCCCGCAAGGUGGUAUGCCUGGAACCCCCGGGGGACAACCCAAUUUCCCGCAAGGUGGCAUGCCUGGAACUCCCGGGGGACAACCCACUUUCCCGCAAGGUGGUGUGCCAGGAAUUCCCGGAGGACAACCCAAUUUCCCGCAAGGUGGUAUGCCAGGAACUCCCGGAGGACAACCCAAUUUCCCGCAAGGAGGCAUGCCAGGAAAUCCCGGAGGGCCAACAACUCGACCCCAUCCUCCCAAUUCAAAUGGCCCCGGACGUUGCAACCCCGAAUGGACCGAAUGGAGAAACAACUGCUACCUUUACUCCAGUGCAAUGGUCAGAAAACACAACGCCACAGGCAUCUUUCAUGAAACUGUCAACGAGGGCCUGACCCAGGACAUGGCCAACGCGAAAUGCGCACAGGAACACGCGGGAGCAUGCCUAGUGACAAUCAACAGCCAAGCGGAAAACGAUUUUCUCUUCGCCUGGGCGGUCAAGAUGAUGGGACAACCGGUUCCAGUGUGGAUCGGUCUUCAUGCGAAACAAAACCCUACCGGUGUUCCAACGUGGGAAUGGUACGACGGGACGGUUCCCACCUUCUUCAACUGGGAAGAAGUGCCAGCGCCAGUAGCCACACCUGGAAUGGGCGCAAUGCUUUUCGAUGCUGACCUCAUCCCUACUGGGCCUGUCCCGCAAAAUCCAGUCGAAAUUACUGGAAAGUGGACUGCCGAGGUUGCCCACUCUAUGGCGAUGGGCGAGUACCUCGGAAUGAUCUGCAAGCAUUCACUGGUGACAACGCCCACGGAAGCACCGACCACCACCGCGACCACCAUCAACACCGCCACCACGAACACUGCUCUAACAACGACACCUGCAGCACCCACCACGGUAGCACCAACAACUACAGUCAGGCCAGUUAUGCUGAACAACAAUCCAGCUCAUCUUAGGGAUGUCCUGAGGGGAGGGCGCUACGGUGGUUCAAGGCUCUUUGAGGUACCGCGAAGGCCUGCGAACUACAGACAGAAUCCAUACUAUGCUGUUCGGCCAUAGCCAAUACGUUAGUCCGAACUUUGUGAAUUACGAUAACCCAAGGAUACCACAAAUACCACAAUGAUGAUUCGAUGGUGAAUGGGUUUGAUGAUACUAUACAUUUAUGAUAACGAUUGGUUUGAUUAUCGCCAAUUGGGUGCGUCACAUCACCUUCAUUUACAUUUUAUUUCCACUCAUCAAAGUAAAAAUACCGUUUCAGUGUAUAUUUUUGUGUGAAUUAGUUGUGGUUAAACCAUUUGCGAGUCUGGUCACGUGAUCUUUCUUCAGAGAAUACGCUGCUAAAGGCCUGGUCACACCGCCCGAGCGUUGUUGGAGCGGUCGUGGAGCGGUAGGAAGAAAGGGUCGAAUUUCGCCACAAACUUGGGGGAAAAACCGAAAAAAACACAAAAACAAUCGAAAACGGUGAACGGUAGCGAGCGGUGAUGAUUAUUUUUCUCUCCGCUCAAC